GAAACCACCACUAUCCAUUCAGGAAGAAGUGGCUCUGAUUAGCUCAGCCGCUUUACUGUAGGUUGCUAAAAAAAAAAUCAUUAUAGUGUAAAAAUGGCGUCGGUGAACCCGUUUAAUCUCAGCGACUCUGAAGAGGAAGCCGAGCGGCGGGUGAACGAGGCGGUUUGCGGGGAGAGCAGCCCGAGCGGGGGGGCUCCGGGGCCGCCGCCUGCAGGAGCCGAGCCCCGCAGCAGCAGCAGCGGCGGAGGAGGGGAGGGCGGCGGGGCCGGCUCCAGCCGCACCAGCCCCGGGGCUGCUGCGGCUGGAGCCGGCCCCGCCGCCCUGCUCAGCCCCGGGGCGGGGGGCGCAGGGGAGCCGCGGCUGUCCGUGGACGCCGUGGCCGCCCAGCUGCUGCGGGACCAGUACAUCCUCACGGCCCUGGAGCUGCACACGGAGCUGCUGGAGGCGGGCAGGGAGCUGCCGCGGCUCCGGGACUACUUCUCCAACCCGGGCAACUUCGAGCGGCAGAGCGGCACGCCGCCCGCCCGGGACCAGGCUCUGGCCCCCGGAGGACCGCUCAACCGAGCAGGCAGCAUCAGCACCUUGGACUCUCUAGACUUUGCACGGUACUCGGAUGACGGCAACCGAGAGUCAGACGAACGGGUGGCAGUGCUGGAGUUUGAGCUACGGAAAGCAAAGGAGACCAUUCAGGCUCUGCGCGCCAACUUGACUCAGGCAGCAGAGAGCGAAGUGCCAUCCCAGGAGAGAAAAAACUUCAAGUCAAACCUUGAAAUUCAGGAGUCUAUACGUCCACUGGAAAAAAGAGCCUUAAAUUUCCUUGUGAAUGAAUAUUUAUUAAAAAAUGAAUACAAACUCUCAUCCAUCACCUUCUCUGAUGAAAAUGACGAUCAGGACUUCGAGUUGUGGGAUGAUGUUGGCCUCAACAUCCCGAAGCCCCCCGACCUGCUGCAGCUCUACCGGAACUGCAGCAGCGGCCUCUCUUCACCGCGGGACGUGGCCGACGUGUCUGUGGGAGUCGACUUCAGCGACGUUCCAGGAAACUGCGUCACUCCAUUGAAGCCGGAUCUGUCACAGCAGCAACAAACAGAAGUGGUGCAAGAGCUGGAGUACCAGCUCCAGCUCCUCAGCAGUGAGAAGCAGAGCCUCGCAGAGCAGAUCAAGAAACUGCAGAGUGAGAUUCAGACUCUGAAGAGGACGGUUUCAUCUCCAGCUCUGGCUUCACUGGACCCGGGCUCCCAGAAUUCCCCCAACCACUCCUCCUCCUCCACCACUGCAUGUGCUGCUGACCCUCCCUCUGUACCUCCUGUAGAUAACGGCCAGUAUAUAGACAUCCGAGGGGUUUCAGAGGCUAAAAAUGAUGUAGACCCUCCCUCUGCUCAGAACGCAUCACAGUCCCACCUACAGUCCUGCAACAUGAUAAAGAGUCAGCCACGUGCCCAUUUUGAUCAGCCGAACAGGAAGUUGUCUCCAGCCUUCCAGCAAGCCUUACUCUCCUUCUGCAGAAUGUGCUCGGACAGUCGCCUUGGGGCAGAGGUGUCGCGCAUAGCAGACAGCGAGGAGAGUGUGAUGCUCAUGCUGGGCCGUUGCCUCCCUCACAUUGUCCCCAAUGUCCUUCUUGCUAAACGAGAGAGAAUGGUUGCGCAUCUUUGCCAGGAGUUGAUUCCACUCAUCUUGUGUACUGCAUGCCUUCACCCGGAGCCUAAAGAGAGGGACCAGCUCCUCCAUAUCCUCUUUAAUCUAAUCAAGAGACCAGAUGAUGAACAAAGACAAAUGAUCUUGACGGGCUGUGUUGCAUUUGCGAGGCACGUUGGUCCCACUCGCGUGGAGGCCGAGCUCCUUCCUCAGUGCUGGGAACAGAUCAACCACAAGUAUCCCGAGAGGCGGUUGUUGGUGGCGGAGGCCUGUGGAGCCUUAGCGCCUUACCUGCCUAAAGAAAUCCGCAGCUCCCUGGUGUUGUCCAUGUUGCAGCAGAUGCUUACAGAGGACAAGGCUGACAUGGUCAGGGAGGCUGUGGUCAAGAGUCUGGGCAUUAUCAUGGGUUAUAUUGAUGACUCUGAUAAAUACUCUUUGGGCUUUGAGCUCAUGCUGCUGUCACUUGGAGACCCAUCGGAGCGGGUGGUCAAUGCAGUCCACCAGGUCUUCAUUCCUGCCUUUGCCGCUUGGACCACUGAGCUAGGCACCCUUCAGACUGCACUCAUCCCUUCUCUGUUGGUGCGAAUAGAGAAAUUACUUGUGCAGGGAGAACAUGGUCUGGAUGAACACAAGCUACAUAUAUUUCUGUCGGCCCUUCAGUCUCUCAUCUCUCCCCUGUUUGCUGUGGUGCUGCAGAAUGCACCUUUCACCAGUAGAGCCAAGCUGCACGGAGACAUACCUGCAAUAGAAGUAACCCGGUUCCCCAGGCCUGCUUCUCCCCUCCAGGACUUGGCGACCAUCAUCGGCAGCAGAGAGAUGCUAAGUUCCCUGCUCCUGCUCUAUGACCACCAGCUAGAGCACGAAGGAACCACAGGCUGGGACAGCCUGCUGUGGGUGGUCAACCAGCUCCUUCCUCAGCUCAUAGAGAUAGUGGGUCGCAUUAAUGUGACGUCAUCAACCUGCGUUCACGAAUUCUCUCGCUUCUUCUGGAGGUUCUGUCGCACAUUCGGCAAGAUCUUCACCAACACUAAGGUUAAACCACAGUUCCAGGAGAUUCUCCGACUCUCUGAAGAGAAUGUUGAUGCUUUAGCAGGGAACGGGAUUCUCACUAAAGCUACGGUGCCCAUAUAUGCUACUGGAGUGCUGACAUGUUACAACCAGGAGGAGGAUCGCAAGCUGUUGGUGGGUUUCCUGGAGGAUGUUAUGACGACCCUGUCUCUGUCCCACGCGCCUCUCGACAGCCUGAAGGCCUCGUUUGUGGAGUUGGGAGCAAACCCAGUUUACCAUGAAAUGCUGCUCACCGUUCUGUGGUACGGCGUGGUCCACACGUCUGCUCUGGUCCGGUGUACCGCUGCACGGAUGUUCGAGCUGCUGGUGAAGGGGGUGAAUGAGACGCUGGUAGCUCAGAGAGUGGUGCCGGCUCUCAUCACACUUUCCUCCGACCCUGAAAUCUCAGUGAGGAUCUCCACUAUUCCAGCGUUUGGUACCAUCAUGGAGACCGUCACACAGAAAGAGCUGCUGGAACGUGUAAAAAUGCAGCUGGCAUCAUUCCUGGAAGACCCUCAGUACCAAGAUCAGCACUCUUUGCAUAUAGAGAUUAUCAGGACGUUCGGAAGGGUUGGACCUAAUGCCGAGCCACGCUUCAGAGAUGAGUUUGUCCUCCCGCACCUUCACAAGCUUGCUCUAGCUAACAACAGCCAGGCGGUGGAAAGCAAGAGGAUCGACAUCGCCACCCAGCUGUUUGAGGCCUACAGCGCCCUCUCUUGCUGCUUCAUUUCAGAAGAGGUGAUGGUCAACCAUUUCCUGCCGGGGCUCAGGUGUCUGCACGCCGACAUGGAGCAGCUAUCUCCAGAGCAUGAGGUGAUUCUCAGUUCCAUGAUCAAGGAGUGUGAAAUCAAGGUGGAAAACAGAGGCAUGUCAGAUGCACAAGGAUCCAUGUCCAUUGCGUCCAGUUUGGUGGGUGAGGAUGCCAAGACCAAGUUUCUGAGCAAGAUGGGACAGCUGACCACCUCUGGGGCCAUGUUGGCCAACGUCUUCCAGAGGAAGAAAUAAUAUUGCCUGAACGGUCAUCGCGAUGAAGUCACAAGCUCACACCGUCUUCGGGAGUAUUUCAUUGUACUGGAGGAGGCAUUGGGUCAGCGUAAAGUGAAGGAAAUUCCAAUGUAAAGUUUAAUUGAGUUCAAAUAUGAGGCUUCGCUGGAAAUUUGAAUAAUUAGACAUAUUUGAGGCAGCAGAUUUACCUGCUACUUUUAAGAGAAGAGGGAUGUAUUUUGCAGUGAAAGCCUAUGAAGUGGGUUUUUUGUUUUUUUUUCUUCUGCUUUUCCUUUCCUUAAUCCAUCACCACGACAAAAGCGUCAUCAAGGAGAGGGGAUUGCUUUCAUGAGUCCGUGUUCACGUCGUCAGUUCAGAGAGAGAAGACAGAAGGAGAGGGAAAGAGGGAAAAAAAAGAAAAACACUAUCGACAUUCACCCAAAGUCAUGACGAGGUCUUGUUAUCCGGACGUCACUGGACUCGGCGCCGCACACGCUCUCAUUUCAGAAGAGAUUCUCUCGUGUCUAGGAAACAAAACUCUGAGCUUAGCCCGCUGGAUUUCAAGUACAUUUUUUUUUUAUUGCCCAGCAUUUUGGUUCAAAAGGUGGUGAAAUAUAAACUUGAAGCUGGAAGGGAAAUUAAAGUGACAGUUGGAACCACAAUAUCGCAGCGCGUCCACUCAGAACGCCUCGUACAGUGCGUCUGUGCGGCUCAGAAGUAUUGCCUACUUGAAACUAUAAAUAGUGGUCUUGCCUUUAUUUCUUUCAAGUCUCUUUCUGGUUUCUGUUUUGAUAGCUUCUAUUUUAUAACUUAUUUAUGUCUUAAUGAAGGAAAAAAAAACAUUCUUUAUUCCAACUUCCAAAGAAAUUUGCACUUCACUUUACUGUUUUGUUUGUAUCCUGUAUUUGUUUUUGUUUUAAUUUGUUUUAAUUAAGUCUUAUACAUGAUUAUCACUACUGUUAAUGCUUUUUUUGUUCAUUUGUUUUUGGCAGCGUGAAGUGAAAGGAGACACUGGUAUUAAUUAUUCCUCCUAUGUUGCAUCAUCUCUGUGUUGCAGUGUCUGUUAAUUGUUUUAUUUGUUCUUUUUAAGUGGGUAUUUGGUUCUGUUUUAUUUAUUUUUAUUUUGUUUUUUUCUGGAGGUUAUGCUUGAAUAGAAACAGUAAAUGAGUGUAUGAUUCACUGAAUUCCGGAGGAAGGUACUCAUUGUGUAUUUCUGAAAUUUGUGUCCUGGUGUAAUAAAAGAUGGAGAUCAGUUGUGUUA